AUGCAUUGCGCUGUGUGCGACAUCCAGGUUCAAGGCCCCACCACCUGGGCGGGGCACAUCCUCGGCGGACCGCACUCUCGGAAAUCUGCUGCGAACGGUCUAGCGCCUGAUGAGGUUCGUCCGUCGCCACCUCCCCCCACACACUUCAAAGAGUGCAGGCUCUGUAGAGAAGCCGUCCCCAGCAACCGAUGGGGUUGGCAUCUCGCUCUGGCUGCACACAAGCGUCGCCAGGAGCACGCACUGCUACGUUCCACUUUUGAACGUUCAGAGCAGGACAGGCAGGGUGUCUCUGUCUCCCAUGCAGAUGGAGGGCUGGAUUUUGGGGUCAUAUCCCUGGCAGAUGCGAGCCGUGGGGUGCAAGUCGACCUGUCCGUGACUGUCGCUGCAUCGCGGUCUAGCAUCUCUGGUUUGCGAUUGGAGGCGGUGUCUCUCUCGGGACAACCCGCAACGAUGUUCUCGGCUUCCACGAAUACUACGACCGUCACCCCUCGUCGGACUUUGCGUAUCCCAAUCCGCCUCCGAUAUGAACACAGGGGUUUGUUGCAAGGUCGGCUAGAAAUCACCUUCCAGGGCGCGAAUGGGCGCUCUGUCUUGAUAUGCCGCACUCUGCGUGCCGUCGUAGGGGAGGCCACCGAACGGCAAUCACUCAAGCCCGUUGCCCCCUAUGUCCGUCGCCGACGUGCACCGUGGCACCACGGUCGACCUACGGUUUCCGGCGACCGUCCACCUGCACUUGUGGCCACGGCUUGGGUCAAGAAGCUCACGCGAGCGAAUAUUCCCGACGAUCUCGCCAACAUGAUCAAGACUCGACCCGCCGAAGCGGUGAUCGGCUACGUUAUUCAGCGUUACAUGCAAGCGUCUGCGACGUGGUCCAAAGCCAAUCACACAUCUGGUUUCCAGGCCCUGCUGUGGAUAGAAGAGGCACGCGCCGUUGAAGAUCUGCACCUGUACGAUUUGACCGACGUGCAAUUCAUCAAGGAAGGAAGUUUGUACACGGUUCGUGUCGACGGUCUCUCCGAAAAGCGACCCAGUGUUGUCGUCGGCGACACCAUCCUUGUACAAGAAGCGAACACCGAGGCUGAUCGCACGCACGAGGGAUUCGUGCAUACCGUUCGACAGAAUGACAUUCGUGUCAGCUUCCACAGGUCAUUUAAUCAUAUGGGCAAGCGAUACAACGUAUUCUUCCAACUUAAUCGUACACCAGUCCGGCGACAGCAUCAAGCUUUGUGUGUCGCGACUCCGGCUAACCAGCGGCUGCUCUUCCCCGACGCAACUCAAGCUGGCCUUUCUCGCCCGCUGACUGUCACGGAAUCCCCUCUCGCGCUCUUUAACAACCUCAUAACCAACAAUCCUGCCCAGCUGCAAGCUGUCAAGUCGAUUGUCAAGUUGCGACCGGGAAUGGCGCCUUUCGUAAUUUUCGGCCCCCCAGGAACUGGGAAGACGGUCACUGUGGUAGAAGCGAUACGCCAGAUCUUGCAUCUCCAGCCUCGUGCAAGGAUCCUCGCAUGUGCUCCCAGCAAUAGUGCGGCCGAUAUACUCGCAGAGCGACUCACCGUCUUCUCCCCCGCUGAGAUGACCCGAUGCAAUGCCGCCUCGCGUGACCCCGCGUCUGUCCCGGCAGCCCUCCUACCCUAUACGCACUAUGCUGGCGAUCACUACGCUGUCCCCUCGCGUCAGCAGCUGAUGGACUACAGGCUCACGAUAUCGACCUGUGGCAACGCUUCCUUCGCGCACAACGUAGGCAUUCCUCAAGGACACUACACCCACAUCAUCGUCGACGAGGCUGGUCAAGCUUCUGAGCCCGAGGUCCUCACCGCAAUCAAGGCCAUGGCCGGUAAGAAUACCAUUGUCAUACUUGCAGGAGAUCCCAAGCAGCUCGGGCCUGUCAUACGAUCGAGCAUCGCACGCGAGCUAGGUUUAGCAAAGAGUUAUCUGGAACGUCUCAUUGAGAUGCCGCUCUACAAUGGUCCGAACAGCCGUGGGACGUCGUAUACGAAACUCGUUAAGAACUACAGGUCGCAUGGCGCGAUUCUGCGCUACCCCAAUGAGCAAUUUUACGACGGUGAACUGGAGGUCUGUGGCCCGCCCGCGAAGAUCAACCAGUUCCUCGGGUCGCCUCAGCUUGUCUCUCCUCAAUUCCCAGUCGUCUUCCAUGCCAUUUCUGGGACGAACGAGCGCGAGGCGUCAUCGCCAUCUUACUUCAAUAUCGAUGAGGCCUCGCAGGUAAAGGCUUACAUCCAGGCGAUACUUGGUGACACACGAUACCCUGUCCGGCCUGUUGACAUUGCUGUGGUGACUCAGUACCAUGCCCAAGUACUAAAGAUCCGCAAGCUUUUGCGUGAAUCUGGCAUUCAGGGUGUCAUGGUGACGAGUGUGGAGAACAUACAGGGCCAGGAACGCCCAGUCAUCCUGAUGUCCACAGUCAGGAGUAGCACCGAGCUGCUUACAUAUGACGCCAAGUUCACGCUCGGGUUCGUGUCAAACCCGCGCCGAUUCAACGUGGCUGUCACCCGUGCACAGGCGUUGCUCAUCGUCGUCGGUGACCCGACAGUGCUCUCCAUCGAUCCGCUCUGGCGCGGUUUCAUGAACUAUAUCCACUUGCACCGCGGAUGGCGUGGAGCACCUCCUACUUGGGAUGUGAACGCGCCUGUGAAGACGGAAGGCGAUUACGCAGAGGACAUCAGGGAGGCCGCGGCCUUCGAGAUGAACGCGUUUAUGGAACGUCUGCAGGAAGGCGAAGAUCUAGAAGCUGAGGCAAAUGUGGAUCGGGAGUUCAUGGAGACGGACUGA